UACAGGCGCUUGCGUGUGUGUGUGUGUUUUAUGUUUUACCUUUAUUUACUUGAAGGUUUAUUGACUGUUCUUUGGUAUUUUAAUUAUUUAGUGUUAUUUUUACAGAAGUUUCAUAUCGUGAUUAUUCGUGGUGUCGAUUUAAAUAUAUGUAAUUCGUUCAGUUCGUCGUCGAAUUUGUGAAGUGAUAUGAGUGAUGAAUGUGAAACACCAAACUAUACUUUUAUUUUAUGAAUGUAGAAUCAACGUCAGAGUGAAUGACUAUUGGUGAAAACUGGAAAUGCGAAUGCAUUAUUUCAAUGUAAAAGAUACAUUUCGCGUUUAAUAUGUGCUUAAAUUUGGUGCUUUCGUUGUGGAUGAAAUACAUUAAUCCAUCGCAAUGUGUUCGACGACGUCUUAUUUGAGUAAUAACACGUAAAUGUAGCGCCUCAAGUUAUACCCAUAUCGGAUUACAAGCGCUAAUUUUCAGAAGUGAGUAAUAACCGCAGAGCCAUGAUUUUUGGAAAUGAAUUCAGCUUUUUGAUCAUCACUGGGGUUAUUCGGAUACUAUUCAGAAGAUUCAGAUUUCUCAACAACUUGUCGUGCGCCAAGAUAACGUCUUGUAUAACACUAGGCCUGCUCAUAUGUUUCGAGACAGUGCUACUUUGUGCAGUUAGCGAUUGUACGAAGUCGUUUUAUAUUCAUUGGAAUACAUCGAAUCCUAUAUUCAGAGUGGAUAACACGGAUCAUAUAAUUUCCGUGAACCAGGGCAAUACGCAGUUCGACUACGAUCAAGUGAACAUCAUUUGUCCUGUGUACACUCCAGGAACGCACGAAGAAGACGCAGAACGAUAUAUUAUCUAUAAUGUAUCGAAAGAAGAAUACGAAACUUGUCGUAUAACUAACCCCAGCCCUAGAAUAAUUGCUAUCUGUGAUAAACCCCAUAAAUUAAUGUAUUACACAAUCACUUUCCGACCAUUCACUCCACAACCUGGUGGUUUGGAAUUUCCACCCGGACACGAUUAUUAUUUUAUUUCCACGUCUUCGAAAGACGAUCUACACAGGCGAAUUGGCGGACGAUGCGCCACGAACAAUAUGAAAGUUAUAUUUAAAGUCUGCUGUCGUCCGGAAGACUCGUAUAAUAAUUCUGUGCGACAUAUAUCAAAAAAUACGUCGAUAUAUUCAUCGGUUCCGGCCAUGCAAACGACAACCACCGUACCAGCGUAUAUUCGUUCUUUUACGGCCAGACCAUCAAAACCAUCCAAUUUUGUCAACGUUUAUCACGGCGUUACUUACGAGCCUUCUGCCGAAACGCCGCCCAAUAAACAAACCACCAAAAAAUCACAAGAAUUUCCACAUCAUCCUAACGAAGUGGUCAAAAACGAAGAAUUAACUCACGGUGGCGCGGCGACGCUGUAUCUAUUUUCAUUUUACUCAUUUAAGCAUAAGUUACUUGCCAUGAUUGUCAUCAGUCUAGUCUCUUUCGUUAUACGGUAAUUCUUUUAUAGUUAUUCUGUUUUAUGUAUUUAUUUUACGAAUCGGUUUCCGAAACCUAUCAUAAUGAAUUCUUCGAUCAUUACCAAAAGUAACCCCCUUCCCUCCCUCCCUCCCUCCCUCCCUCGUGAAAUUUACUCUUCCCAGUCCCCUUUUUUGUUUGUUUUAUCGUACCGUUUUUACCUUGUCAGCAAGACUGAUAAAAUUCCAGUUCACUGACCCUAAUAUCCGGUCUUUGGUAAUGAUUCUAAGGAUUUGUUAUAGUUGUGCUUGCAUUUACGAAAAACAAAAUUUCGAAAAAUCGUUUUUAUUUUUACGUCGAGUGUUUGAUAAUAUCGAAUUUUUGCGAUUCCAAAUGGCAUCCCCCCAAGCUUUUUAACGUCGUGGAGUUAUUUGUUUAAUGUACAUAUCGCAUUUAUUAAGAUAGAUUUUUAUACUUUUUUUUUUUCUCGGUCGUUUCUUCUGACACAGUAUAACAAUUAAUUUAAUUAAUUUCAUAAGGUUUUAGAGGACCAAACUGAUUCGUGAGAAGUAAAUCCGCGAAGCGAAAUGCUUCUCUUUUUUUUGCAACUGUUCGACUAUCAUGGGUGAAGUUAAUGCGACGAAUUUUAGAAUUUUUAUUUCGAGUUCUUUCAUUUUUUUCUGUUAUGUAAAUAAUUUCUUCUUAUCGCUUUCUUUCUGUUUCUUGUUCUUGUUCUUCUUCGUCAACUUUCAAGUACCUAUCGAAUGUACCUACCUAUAUUUUUCGCGAACAGUUGUGUUUUAUCAUUUUUCUAUACCAGUAGUGAUGUUCAAAUUUUUCUAAUUCAUUUUUUUUGUACUCGAUACAAAGAAUACCGGACAAUAAUAUUUAAAGAGUAUUUGAGCAUAUACAACAUGCAAUUCAGCUAUGCCUUAUCAGUACCUGUAAAAUUUAAUUCACGAAUUGCCUCGCGUAUCAGAUUUUCGUCGAAGAAUUUCAGUAAAGAAUUCGGUAUACUGAUUUCUUUGCAGAAAUUCGAAAGUUUUUCUUCUUACAAAUCGAAAUUCUGAAAUUGCCGCGACGAUUUGACACGCGAUAAUUGGCCAUGGUAUUCGCACAAAAAUAUACUCAUUAAGAAUAAACUAAUUAGAGAAUCGCUGAAUUAGUCUGCCCAUUAAAGGAAACGGUUAUAAUUUGAUUAUUUGCGCGUUUUACACGAGUCAAUUGUUUCAUUUCCGGAAGUCUUAGCGUAGAGCUAUGAACCCGAAUCGAUUUAAUCCAGUGAGAUUUCGAAUGUUUUAAUUUUUGAUAGGUACCUUCAGUUUGAAUAAAUAUGACCUGCUAUGUUGAUUUUAAACUAUCCUGAAUUCCUGAAGUUCGAAUAUACUUUUCAUUUCGUUAAUUACGAGUUUAUAAGGAAAGGAUAAGUUUAAAUAUGGUAUUGCAGCGUUGCCAAAAAAUCAUAAUUGUUCUGAAUUGUUCCCAGACACUCCAAUUUUUCGUUUCGAGACGUCGCGCGUCGGUGGUGAAAGUUGAUAUUUUUGAGCUUUGAUAGAUUUUCAAGAAAAGUCCAAUUACUAUAAUUUUUGGUUAAUUAUUCGUAUUUCAGCGAUGAAUCGUAAAAGCUGAUUGAUAUUUCCUCCCUUCCCCUGAGACAGAAUGAUGUUGAAAAAAAUGACCAGUGUUUUGAUAUCUUAUUCUUGAGAAUAUUCUUCGUUAUGCCAAAUAUUCCAUUAGCUUUGUACGUAAUUUAGAUUCCUUCAGUUCACAAAUCUGUGACCUUAUGGUUCAAAAAUAUUUGAAAAUACCCCUGGAUACCCUAAAUAAAACAAACUUCUUUCUCACUGCAUCAGUUCCAUCUCUCGGUAUAGCAAGUUUUGAAGAAUUGAUGAGAAUGAGGCUGAGUUGAACUGAUAAAAUUCAACUGAACCUUAAUCCUUAGAUCAUCUCUUCCCUUUCUAUAGAAUUUUGACGCAUUUUUUUAGAAAUUGCUCGUCACUUGUUUUAGUUCAAAAAUUGAGAUGUGAGCUAAAGCAAGUUGAGAAUUGGGGUCACGUUAAUCAUUACUCUAAAUUGGAUUUUGGAUGGGGGAAAGUCUCACGAUAUUCUUUUUUCAUCCGCAGAAUUUCUAAAUCUAAACAGUGGGAUUUCUCUCUUGGCUUUUUUCUUCCCCUCUUUAUUUCACCUUUAAAAUUCUUAAAUUUUUAAUUUGCAUUUUCACGUUGACUGAGAAAAAUGGCUGGGAAAUUCAUUUAGAAUCCCCCUUUCUCCUACCCGAACUCCAUCCAUUUUCGUUCCAAAAAAAUAUGUAAUAAAAACUAAAAUUGAGGAUCUAGAUCAGAUUUUAUACAAAUCAUCAUUUUUUAAGUGGGAUUUUGGAUUAAAAAUUCUUUUUUGGACUGUCAUUUUUAAAAAUUUGAACAUGAUACAAAUUUUAUUGCAAUUUUAAUAUUUUAUUUUCGCGAUCUCCCUCUCUCCCUCCGACGCUUCUAUCUUUAGACAUAAUAUGUAAAAUCUGUGAUUCAACUUUGAAUUUUGAUUGAACGAAAAGAGCAGAAAGUUAGUUUAGUAAUCGCUCCUUGCCUUUUUCUUUAGUAAAAUUCAAUAUUGCUCUCUCAUCUGUUAACUAGCAUGUUUAAUAAUCGAGAAGUAUGCUAGAAAUUUCCAACAAAAAUCAAUUGAAGCGUUGGGUUUCAAAACCAGCUAAAUGAAAAAAGUAAAAUUUUACAGGAAAUGAAAAAAACGUUUAGAAUUUUUAGUUUUAGAGCUACAGGGAAGUUUUUUUCGUCAUCGGACAAGUUGGUAAGCAUGCUUUCAGUUGGCUAAAAACCAAGACUGUAGAAUCAGUUUUGAUUGGUCAAAAAGCAGAUUUAAAAAUGCAUUUAGUAGGUUUUGGAGCGUAAUUACGCACAUGGAAAAUUUUAAAGUAAAAAAAACGAGUUUUUAUUGGGAUAGUUUAUUUUGAAGGUUCUAGAAUUUGCUUUUUUUGAGUUUUUAAAAAUUAUUUGCGGCAUUAUCUUUGAUUUAUUUUAAUCGAAAUAAUAUAAUUUAUUUUUUCUGCGUGUAUUUUUCUCUAAAAAAUAAAAGUAUAAUUUUGGUAAAAAGUGCAGAUAGUAGGUUUUGAUGAAAAAAACAAACAUGCAUUUAGUAGGUUUUGAAGCAAAAAUUUCAUUUAGUAGGUUUUGAAGCAAAACACCGUUUUCAAUCGCAUUUUAGGUGGCAUUUAGUAGGUUUUGGAGCAAAACUGACUUCGCCAUUCGAUUCGGGAGGUCCGAAAAUACCCGAAUCCAUAAUAAUCUCAUUUUCGAAAAAUGGUGCAUUUAGCAGGUAUUGAAACCCAACGCUUCAAUUCGCCGAAUCAUUUUGCCAAUUUUUUUUCAUUUAUAAAAAAAAAAACUUGAAACGUCAAUUUUUUGAGAAACAGAGAAAUAAUGAAAACUUCGGGUGAAUUCCUUUGAACUGUUCGUGGCUUUUUUUUUAAAAUAUUCUAAUUUUAAACUUUAUGUUGUCGUUCAAAUAUUUCUGUGAAAUUAUUAGAUUUACAAAACCUGAAAAUUCUCAAACGAUUGGGAUUUUGAAAGAAUUUCCAGUUUUAUGAAAACAACGAUUUUCUUGGUGCCAUAUUUUUGAAAUUUUGGGUUGGAAAAUGCUAUGGAAAUAGAGUACUCCCAAUUUAGCAUACUUUUGUGAACGGAUUUCUGGUAGGGUGACAAUAAUCCAAUUUUUUGAAGCCUUAAAAAUCUUUAAAGUUUCCUUUCGAUAAGUAACUCGAACUAUUGAUAUCGCCUUAAUUCUUCUCUCAAAAAUCCAGUAUCAAUUUUUGCAUUUCUUAAAAUUUAUUCUAAAUUAUUAUUAAUUUUCUUAAUUGGAACUGUUGCAGUUAACGUGCUUAAUCUGAAUCAAAGCUAGUUUGUGCAAAAAACAAACAGGGAGGGUAAAGGGUGCCUGAACAACUCACCCUCUUGAAAUUAGCUGUGGCAUAGCCAAGAUUUUCUCGAGAAUAAGACAAAAGAAUAAUUUUGGCAAAAGUUGUAAUAUUUUUCUUAUUAUAUUUUUAAAAUACAAAUAACGUACAAUUACCUACUUCUCGAGCGAAGAUCAUGUCUGAAAAGUAAAAAUGUAUAUUUUCCGUACGCUCGAUGGUAGUUGGGAGGUGAAUGUACUCGCCUCCUUGUCUUUUGUCCUCCUUUGGCUACGCCGAAAAAUAGUUUAAUCUUUAAUUUUUGAAAAUGACGAAUGUUCAAAAGUGACAUGCCUUCUGAAAAAUACAUAAAUGAAUAAAAAAUUGACUUCUCGAGCGGAAGAAAGUGUGGAAAAUUUCGCCUUCACCGAGAAAAAAAUACAUUUUUAUUUGAAAAGUUGAGAACUACCCGCUGUUGAUCAUUUUCAUUUUUUUGUCUCUCAAUAAUUUUCCUUCAGUUUUUGACUUUUUGAUGAAAUUUUGCAUUAUGCACUAUGAAGAGUAGGUAUCUAAAAAAUCCGUGAAACUUGCUAGUAUCUACUGAAAAAGUCCUAUACUUGGCAAGGCGGUAAUUUAAAAAUCAGAUAAGCCUCCAAUUUGGCUCAAGAACACGGCAGUGAUUAAUUUGAAAAAUUAUCAGAUUGUGGUAUUUGAAAAAAAAAAUGAAUUUGAGUGAUCAUUCAUUUUGGAAAUUGAGGAUGUUUCUCAAUUUUUUUCCAACAGUUUAUUUAUUAUGUAAUUACAUAUUGAUUUUCAAAGCCAAAUUCACAAGUGCAGACGGAAACAAAAAGCCAAGUUGGUAGAAAUUUGAUGUAAAAUUAUAUCAGCUGAAAACUUUUUCGAUCGUUUAUCGUAAUUUCUUCAUUAGAUUCGCAAAGAAAAAAUUUAAUGCUUUAAAAAGCAAAAUUUCAUUCCCUUUUUUCAACAACUUGAACUGCUUGCUAGGAGAAAUGUUUACAUUUAAAUUAAAUUGGAAUAAAAAAGGAUAAAAUAACACCGGGGUUUUCGAUUUUGUUCGAAUUUCAUUUUGGAAUUUUAGGAAAUUUGGUUGAAAUGUUUUAUUUAAAAAAAAAAUCGUUUCAAAAGAUUCCUGGACUUGUGUGGAAAAAGUAUCAGUUUGAAUUUUCAAUCUUAUUUAUGAUUCGUUUUUUGAUUUUGAUUUUUUUUUAAUUUAGUGAUUUCUCAAUUGAAAUAAGAAACUUAGAUUUAAAUUUCUCCUUCAUAUUCCGAAAUGGAAUUUCAAACUAUUUACAAAAUCAUUGGCGCUUUCUCUCCUUGCACAAAAUUUUAUUUUAUUGGAAGUAGAAAUUUGUUUAAUUCGGAAACAAAUAAUGUUUGUUAAUUCUCAACAAUUUUAAAAUCAAUUUUUUUUAUCAAUUAUUGGAAUUUUAAUAUGCAUAAAAUUUGGUUCAAACUGAAAACCCCCGCGUUAGUUUACCAGAUUUUAUUUCGAUUUUGUUGCGAUGUAAAUAUUUUUCUUUUCGUUGAAAAAAAGAUUUGAAUUUUGUGUUUUGAAGCAUUUUACCAGUCUUAUAAAAAAGUUGAGAAAAACAAUCGAAAAAAUUUUCAGCUGAUGAAAUUUGACAGCAAAUUUCUAUCAACUUGGCUUUUUGCCAUUGGAAAUUAACAUAAUCAUUUCAUAAUCAUUUGGAGAAAAUUGAGGAAAAUUCUCAAUUUCCAAAAUGAGUGAUCACUCGAAUUCAUUUUUUCCCCAAACAUCACAAUCUGUCUAUUCAGUCCAAUUUCUUUCUUGAAAAUUCUUGAAAUUUAUCAGUUGAACUUCUCUCAGAUGUUAGAAGGUUAACCCAAAUUUCUUGUUCAAACUUCAUUAAUUUUUGAAAAAUCUCAUGAGAAAUCUGGGUUCAGUAAACGUAUCAUGAUAUAAGGAAGACAGUUGUUCGUAUUUUUGGGAAUUCCUUGAUAGAUUGAUGGGUGGAGGGGGUCAAAAAACACCUACAUUGUUCAAGUUCAUCUUUUUGAGGAAUCAAAGAAAAAUCCCCCCCUCGAUUAAAAAAAGUACUGAAGGUACCUGCCUAUGUAUGAUCCUAUAGAAAAUUUUUUAAAAUCCUGCAUUUCAAUUUGGAGAUUUUGUUAAAGAAUUUUGGGUGCUUUUUUGAUUUGUUUCAAUUUGUUUGACUACCGCGCUCGCCCUCUCCGGCAGGCGGCAACCAACAAACUCUUGAAACUCUGUUAUCAAUGAAUCGUAUUCUGCAAAAUUGACCUGUACGUUCUGAUUUGGACCAAUUUUAAUAUUGAUAUUUUUUACUUCCAACUUUUCUUAAAAUCCAAUACGUUUAAUUUGAAAAGCCAUAGAAAACCAUAUCGUUUUUUUCAUCUUUUUCGUCCCUUAUUCUGAAUCAGAUCGUACGUAAUGUUGACUAUUUUAAGACGAGACGACGAUUUGAUUAUAAAAUCUUCUCAAUUUGUACUCAUAAUUUCAAAACACGAAUGUUUAGUCAACAGUGUCGAAUUGAGCUACGAGCUGGCAGAUUGAAACAGCUCGCAUUUACCACCCCCAUAUGCACUUUUACCGCAGAAACGAAGAGGUUUUGUGAACAAACCUGAAAUUCUUUAAUGCUUUCAAAGAAAAAACGCAACGGGAAAAUUACCAUUUAAUAUUUUUAUUCAAAAUUACAUACAUUUCGCUCAUGUCAACCCUUCGACGAUGUUAUACGGUGGUAUUUUCAUUAACGUCGCCUCGGUUUUUUUUUCUCGUUCUCUUUUUCUGCGUAUUUGUAUGUGUGUGUAUCUUUGUGUGCAAAACGACGGAGUUAUUUCUAGUGCGAAUUUUCAAACGCUUUAUGCAUAUUACGACGAUGAAUAGAGGCAUAGGGGUCGGGCAUAAAGAGAGAACCAAGUGCAGAAGUAAGCGCAUAUCAAUGUUUUUUUCUGUACUCUCUUCAAGUUGUGCACUGUGCAAAUGCAACGAUGCACCAGGCUGUAGAAAUUGGGAAGCAGAUAACGUGUGCUCGUCUACUGUGUGACGGGCGUGAAAAAGUAAAAAGUAAAAAAAAAAAAAAUGACGAACGUUUCUCGUAAUUUUUACAUUCUUUCGGGGCGGAGGUGCGACGCGUAUACGCUUUUUCAAGGGUGUAUUUUGGAUGUACGAGAGUGUGUAAAGGGUUGAAGCGCGUUCGCGAAGAAGGCGCGACGACGCCAUGGGUGGUGAACAGUGCGGGGUGCGUAUUGAAAGAGCGUGUGCUGUGUACAGAGUGUACAGAGUACAGAGAGUGUGAGAGAAAAAAAAAAUAGCGUAUGCAUCGCGGUGGUUGCGAUGACGAUGGAAAGAUGCAGAAUAGAAGACCCGGGGCAGGGCUGAGGCCUGAGGGGUUGAUGAGCGCAAAUGCGAAUUCGUUGAUCGUAAUUUUUUAAAUGAUUCACCGGCGUAUGUAUGUACGUACCUCAACUCGAAACUCGACUUACGAGUGAGGUACGUACCUACACGUAGACGUACGUAGCUUUUGAAGGCUAACAAAUGCGGCGAUUCUCUAAUUAUAUAAAUGCUGCGUAUACUUUAGCGAGUUGUAUUUUGCUUUUUGGCGCGCGUAUAGAGUAUUUUAUGGUUUAUAUACGCGUACAAUAACGAUCCACGCUCAUUAAGAAAAUAGGUGUGAAAAUGAACCGGCGACACUUGACAAAAGAGCUCGAGUCGUUCUUUCAAGUACUACGAGGCUUCUUUACAAUUGCGCUGCGUUGGUAAUGUUUUUUAAGGUGGUGUAAGCGAAGCGCAUACUGCCAGGCGAGCGAUGGUAGUUUACAACACAUACACAUAUGUACCGUAUAUUACACGCAUAUAUUAUGAAAUUUAUACGUCGAACAGUAUUUUAACGUUGGUUUAUUCGUAGAGACUGCUUUCAGUAUUAAUAGCGUGGUUCCUUUUAGAAUUCUUCUUUUACUUUUUCUUUCUUUUUUCGCAUUUUUUUUUCUCCUCUUUUUUUUCUAGCUUUAUAUUCUUUCUCUUGUAUACUGAAAUACUCACGAUAAGGUUUAUGUGAUUUUUUUCUGGCCUUGAUGGUUUUUACUCGAAUAUUAUUCUAUGACAGUAUUAUUUAUUUUUAAUUUUACCAUGACUUUAUUACGGAGCCUGUAGUAGGAUAAUUUUUUGUGAAUUUUUUUCUUCUUGUUCGAGUUCAUUACCUAAUUGACGAAAAUAAUAAAUCCGAAACGACUGUAUAAAUGAAAUUAUACAAUCAUUAUAGAAAUUAAGCGAAUCUCUUCUAUCGUGUUUCCAAAUAUUGUACCUUAUUACAAAAAUUUAAUACUCACGAAAAUUUUUCGAUCAUCGUAGUAAUUUUUUUAGUAUUAUUUUUCUAUUUUUAAUUUCGUCAUAUCAAAACAAUAAAGAAAAAAAAUGAUAAAACACGAUAUUCAUAGAUAAUAUUUACUCUUUUUUUUAAUAACUCGAUCGACGCAUUUUUUUUGUAUGUUUUUUUUAUACGGUAGAGAAAAAGUAAAUGUGUAGUUGUAUAUUGUUUUUUUAUUAGAAUGUAUUAAAUGGCUUUAACAUUUCAUUUGUACCGUUGAUUUGUGUAUUUUAUGUCCCCCUUUUUAUUCUACGAUAUGUUACAAUUAUAAACAUAUUCUAAAAAUUAAAAAAAAAAAUGAUUUUAAUUUGUAGAUGUAUUAUAUAUAUCGUACCGUCGUGUAAAUAUUAUUUUAAAUUAACUUUUUUUAUGGCUAUCUAUUGAUACAUAUUUUAUACGACAUCUUUUAUCGAUUUAUUCCUUUAAUUAAUGUAUGUUUUUUGAUAUGUAUUUCGAGAUAGUUGUUCGUUCGUAAUGUUCUUAUAAUUACUGCCAUAUUUAGCGAAAUUGUAGACAUUUUAACGAUUUACAAAACUAAAUUGGCUGAUAGUGAAGUGCGCUGAUUUUGUUGGGAAAAAUUUUCAAAUAUGUUUUGUAUUUUGUUUAUUAUUAUUAUUUUUUUCUGUACAUAUUGUAAACAAAAUUUCAACAGUGUAUAGCUUUCGAUUAGUAAUACGAAUUAUAUAAAAAUAAAUUUUCACUUAAUAAUGUG